CUAAGCGUCAGAGUACAAAUUUAGAAACUUAUAUAUAGCCAGCAUGUCAUCCUUCACCAACCAAUUUGCUUUGAAUUUUCACAGUAGAGCUACAUUUGUUGGAGGGUCGCAAGCCAUAAAAUAUAGAGAGGAUGUCAAACUGGGGGCAAUUUGACCCUGAUUUUUACCAAUCUAAUUAUACCAUCGAUAAUCAAGAGCAGAGUACUGAUGAUUCUGAAGUCUAUGGAUCUAGAAGUCAACCAGCCAGUGAACAACCUCAGCCUGCCUCUUUUGUUCCGCCGGAGAUGCUCAUGACGUCAGGCUACACAGGGCAAUUUUUUCAGCCAGCAUCCAGCUCCGAUUACUAUUCACAGCCUCCUUAUAUAGACAGCUUUGAUGAAGAACCUCCUUUGCUAGAAGAACUUGGAAUCAAUUUUGACCACAUUUGGCAAAAAACCUUGACGGUAUUAAACCCAAUGAAGCCAGCAGAUGGCAGUAUCAUGAACGAAACGGAUCUUACCGGGCCCAUCCUUUUUUGCAUAGCCCUGGGAGUCACCCUGCUUCUGGCAGGAAAAGUGCAGUUUGGUUACGUAUACGGUAUGAGUGCCAUUGGCUGCCUUGGCAUUCAUGCCUUGCUGAACCUGAUGAGCUCUUCAGGGGUGUCAUACGGCUGUGUGGCGAGUGUGCUGGGCUACUGCCUGCUGCCCAUGGUCAUCCUCUCCAGCAGUGCUACCUUCUUUUCAUUGCAGGGCACCUUUGGGACGGUGGCAGCCUUGGUCAUCAUCGGCUGGUGUAGCCUUUCCGCCUCUAAGAUCUUCAUUUCUGCCUUAGACAUGGAAGGACAGCAGCUUCUCAUUGCCUACCCGUGUGCCUUACUUUAUGGACUGUUUGCUCUCCUAACCGUUUUUUGAAGACUGUUUGAGAAGGUGUUGCAAUUUUCAGUUUGCUUGCUGUUCAAAUUAUCCUGGAAAUGUGUUUGCAUUCAAAUUUGGUGAUAUGCUUCUCUUAUAUUGCUGUUGAGAGAGUAACAAGCAAAGAGACAUAUAGCAGUUAAAGACGGUGCUCUAAUAGCCUAUUUGGUUGGAAGGAUAUUUUGCUUCUUGUUUUGGCACAGUAGAGCUUUUAAAACUAUUCAAGAAUAAAAAAAGAUAUGUAGUUGCUGUACAAAUGAAUGGCAUUUUUCCUAAUAGAUAUGUUUCUGAGAAAUUGUAAGUAAACAGAACCGUAUGCUUAUUGUUGAAAUAAAAUCUACAGUAAGCCUUUUGAAAAAUAUUCACAACGGCUAAAUUAUAUGUACAUGGUUAAAUAAUGCAAUAAAGCACAUUUGUGAAGUUCAGAAAUAUAUUUUAUAGUCAUAUGUACCUAUAGGAUCAAAAAACAGCCUUUGAAUUAGCUCACUGCUGCAACUGUUUCCAUUUGGAUAACACACUGAUUCAAGCACUUCCCCACUUAUUUGAUUUAGGUGCCAUUAUCCAAUGGUAUAAUUUUUCCCUUGCAUUUAUCCUCCAUAGCUUACCAUUUUCUCCAUAAGUAAAAGAAUAUUAUGAAAGGGCAUUUCACUAUUUGCCUUGAAUUAUAUUACUGUAUAUUUUUGUUCUUAACAUUUGUUGAUUGAUUUGCUGGAGUGGGAUAGAGGACUCCUCCCAUCUACUGAAUCACCCCUCAAAUACCUUCAAUUGUGACCCAAGAAUACAGUUCAGGUAUGCCAUGUGGGUGGCAGGAACAUAGUACUUGAGGCACCAGCGUUGCUGCCCACAGUCCACAUUGGCAUGAAGCUGGAGUGAGGAGCUGGAGCUGGCAACCAAACCCAAGCCCUUGAAAGUGGGACAUGGGUGUUUUUGCAUGGCUGAGUCAAAUGCUGGUCCCUUCCAUGUUACAUAAUAUCUUAAAUGGCUUCUCAUUACUGCCCUGAAGUCCCAAUUAUAUAUUCUAUACUAAAUAAUCUUUCAUAUUUAGAUGGCUGUACUAUACCAGUUCUUCAACUGCUCCGAUCUUCAAUACUCCUUCCCUUUUCAUUUCCUACAGUCAAGUGAUUAUUCUUGAAAACCAGAAACAUUCAGAAAAAAAAUUUCAUCCUCCCACCACACCUACCAACCUACUUAAAUCUUUACCUGCAUACACAUCCCGCCUUAUCUCUUGUCGUCCUUCUCCACUCCCCAUAAUCAGCCUCUCCAAUGACAUUAAAAUAUAUUCUCUUUAUAUUCAUGUCAACACAUAAACCUUUUCAUAUCUCCUAUCCUAAAAUAAAAAGCCCUCAAGUAAGCCUCAUUUUCCAGUUGUGCCUCAUUUCUGUGUUUCUCUUUGUAGUCA